CUGCCGGGUUCACCUGGAGGUAGGGGAAAUCGGCGGCUCCCGGGGUCCUGGGGCGCCGUCCCUCCACGGAGGGGGCGUGGCCCCAGACGGCCCCGCCCAGGCCCUUCCGGGCGGGUGCCCGGCCGCAUUAGCGUGGUUCCCGCCGGAUUCUUAGGUUUCAUUUCUCAGCACGACUGUGGCUGCAUCUUCCCGCGGCCGUUUCCCGAAGCCGGGUCUCCCUCCGGGGGCAGUGAGCGCCAGCCAUGGCCCCGCCGCGCGAGAAGGCGACAAGGACAGCUUCGGUGGCGGGAGCCGUCGUCCCCAUGGUCUCGGCGCGGAGCGCGCAGGGCGUCCCGAUUGAGCCCAGCGGGCCCCCCGAGGCCACCCGGGCCCCCGGGCGGAGGAGCGGCCGCCCCGGGGAGAAGCCACGGGGACGCGCGCCACCUUCUCGCGCCGAGGACCAGGCGGAGGGCGCUGCGGCUCCGACCAGAGAGGGAGAACCCCCCGCAGCCCCGGGGCCGCCCCUUCCCAGCUCCGGAUCUCGCCGCCGGGGGAGUGUGCGCGCCACCCGGGAGCGCAGACCGCAGCCCUCGCCCUUCGAGGUCCCCGGUCCCACCGAGAGCCGCGGCCCGCUGGUCCCGAACCCCGGUCGCGGGCUGAGGGAGGCGGCGCCCGGCGCCUGGAAGCUCCGGGCCGUGCUGGAGCAGCUGAGGCUGAGCCGCCGGGAGAUCUCGGCGGCGGUGGAGGUGGUGAAUCGGGUGGUGGACCACCUGCUGCGGAAACUGCAGCAGGGAUGCGAGUCCGAGUUCAGGGGCGUGGGGCUGCUGCGCACCGGGAGCUACUACGAGCGCGUGAAGGUUUCUGCUCCUAAUGAAUUUGAUGUUAUGUUCAAACUGGAGGUCCCCAGAAUUGAGCUACAAGAAUAUGCCAACAGUGGUACUCAUUACUUUGUGAAGUUCAAAAGAAAUCCCAAAGGAAAUCCUCUGAAUCAGUUUUUAGAAGGGGAAAUAUUAUCAGCUUCUAAGAUGCUGUCCAAGUUCAGGGCAGUCAUUAAGGAAGAAAUUAAAAAUAUUGAAGCAGACACAGAUGUCAUUGUGGAGAGGAAGAAAAAAGGGAGCCCAGCUGUGACACUUCUGAUGAGAAAACCUAUGGAAAUAUCUGUGGAUAUAACCCUGGCUCUGGAGUCCAAAGGCAGCUGGCCCGCCAGCACCCUCAACGGCCUGCCCAUCAAUAGGUGGCUUGGAGUAAAAGUCAGGAACGAUAUGAGACGAAGGCCUUUUUACCUGGUCCCCAAGCAUGCCAGGGAAGGAAGUGGGUUUCAAGAAGAGACGUGGAGGUUGUCCUUCUCGCACGUUGAAAAGGACCUUUUGAAAAACCAUGGGCAAGCUAAAACAUGCUGUGAAACUGAUGGAGUGAAAUGUUGCAGGAAAGACUGUUUGAAGCUAAUGAAAUAUCUUUUAGAACAACUGAAGAAAAAGUUUGGAAAGCGAAAGGAGCUGACUAAGUUCUGUUCUUACCACGUGAAAACCGCCUUCUUUCACGUCUGUACCCAGGACCCAUGUGACAGUCAGUGGCUCUCUGGGGACCUGGAGCUCUGCUUUGAUAAAUGCGUGACAUACUUUCUUCAGUGCCUCAGGACAGAACAGCUUCAGCACUAUUUCAUUCCCACAGUCAAUCUGUUCGCUCCAGACCAAAUUGACAAGGCAAGUAAAGAAUUUCUAUCAAAGCAAAUUGAAGAUCAAAGAAACAAUGGAUUUCCAGUUUUCGGUGCAUUUUGAAAUCAUAUUUUUUAGAAGAAUCAAGAAUCAGAGUGCCUUUACAGUAACUGAAGUGUUUGGAAUGUGUCUCAGCAAUGACUGAUUAAAAUGAACGUAAAUCAUUAUUUAUUCAGCUCUCGGUUUGUCUCGGUAAAUGCUAAUUAACGUAAAAGGGUAAAUUAUCCUAGGAAAGAGAUUAGUCAAGGAAUAAGACGCAGAAGGAGUGUUGAACCAGGAAAGCUUUACCAGUGGAGUGAGAAGGACAGAAUUCCCAUCACCCUGGUUAACUCCAUCAGGCCCCUGCUGCACACUCCGCACGCGGCACUAAUGCGUGGAAGCUGGCGAGAGCGUCUUAGGAAGGACCGCUGCCUCCUUACUGUUGGUUUUGUUCAGCGCACAAAUACAUUUGGAAGCCAUGUCCUGUCCUUCUUAAGAAGAAAAUGAAAAAAAAAAAAAAACAA